UGUGACGUUUUGUGAAUUUUAUUUGUCGUUUCUUUUUCGAAGUAUUAAAUUGCGAAACCAAAUAAUUUCUAGAUUUUGUUUGUUUCUUAUUAUAUUUUGUUAUACUGGAUUGCAAAUCAUUUGCAAUAUUUCUUUGUUAACGUAUUUUAAAUAGCCUACGUCAAAAUUCCUCCGGCUGCAGUAAACGAAGGUUCUUCUCUCCGAACUACUGAUCGGUGGUCGGAGAUGUUGACGCCAUGUGAGGCCAGUGAGGUAAUAGCGUUCCUAGAGGGACGCGAUGCUCCCGAUGCUUUCGUGGGGUUAUAUAGCGCCGUGAGGGAGCCCUGGCUAGCGCGCGGCCUGCUGCAGUACCACGCGCGGACCGGCUCCACGCGGGCUCUCGACCUCCUGGCCCGCGCGCCCGAAGCCCACGCGCGCUAUCUUCUCGAUGCGCUGCUCGAGCAGCUGCGCGGCGAGCGGCCGGCGUGCCACCACGCGCUCGCCGCCCUGGCGCUGCUCGUGGCGCGUCGCCCCGUCUGGCUGCACCGCCUGCCCACGCACGGCACCUCGCGGGAACUGCUGCGCGCCGCUCGCCGCGAGCGGGACCCGCUGGCGCUGCUGCACGCGCUGCUCGCUCUCGCCGCGCUGCUGCCCGCCGAGCCCGCCCUGGCGGCCGCGCACUGGACCGACCUGGCCGAGGCGCUGCUGCGCCCCGCUGCGCUCGAGCCGCCCGCGCCGCCCGUGCGCGACCACCUGCAGCUGGCGCAGCUCGCUCUGUUCCACGCGCUCUACGCCACCCACCCGUGCACCCUGCUGGAGACGCUCCGGGCGGAGUGCGCCGCGGCGACCGCGAGGGAUGCGUGGGAGCGUGCGCUCGUGCCGCUGCUGCGCUCCGUGCGGCUGCACCCCGCGCUGGUGACGGGCUCCCGGCAACGCGAGGCGGAGGCGGCUCGCAAGACACGCCUCGAGAUCCACGACGUGCUCGCGGAGACGCGGCGUCUGUCCCUCCGUGCGCGGGAGCCGGCCGAGGAGCGCACCGGUCUGGCGCCCGCGCCCGCGCCGCCCGCUCCGCCCUCGCCCGCGCCGGGCUCAGGGGCGCAAGCCGCGCGGGCGGCGUCCGCGUUACGGCCGGGCGCGGAGCCCUGGUUCCCGCUCGUGGACCGCUGUGGGGCCGAGUCUGCGCCCAACACGCCCCUGCCGGCGGAGCCGGACCCCGUGGAGCCGCCGGAGGCGGCCGUCGAAGCCACGCCUGAGAACACCCCUGCCAAAGAAACGCGAACGCAAUUUCGAUUUCCCAACGAGUCGGCCGCGGUUCGAGCGAUAGGCCGCCGCUCUCAACCUCCUUCGCCGCUGCGUAAGGAAACCUCCCCGCCGGCCGGGGGUGAAAGUGAUAUCGCAGUGCAGUGA